GAGGCGGCAAGAAAGCGCGCGCGUCAUCACGCACGUCGACGUCGCUUUGAAAAGUCGCCUGUUAGCCAGGGAAACACACAAGUCGGAAUGUGUUGAUGACAAACAACUCGCACACUUUAUGUCCGCCGACCAGACGAGCUGUGAAACGUGCGCGCAGGAUCGACUAAGACUUAUCCCGCCGCCGCCGCCAGCUAAGCUAACUGCUACUGUCUAGUCAACAUAGCUGCUAGCACUUAGCUCGUCCAUCACCUGUGUUACCUGUGGCGCUCACUCACCUGUGCACACCUCACCUGUGCAGGCGACAUGGCCUUCCGGAGGAGCUGGUUCAGUUGGGACCGCUACAGCGACGUGGAUCUCUUCUCAGAGCGCCUAGACCGCACCAACAGCCUCUCUCAGGCCAUCAGAGCCGCAGCAGCCGAUGAGACGGACGCGGAGGGCAACGUCCUCUUUGGCCAGAUCCAGGGCACCGUAGUCGGCCUCAGAUAUUACAGCGGCGUGGUCAACCAGGGCGAGAUGGUCGGUUUGGUGCGCGAGCCCCAGAAUCCGUACGACCGCAACGCUGUGAUGGUGGCCAACAUCUACGGCAGUCAAGUGGGGCACAUCAGGCGGGACCUGGCCAACGCCAUGGCCCACGUCAUGGACAACAAGCUGGCCAAAGUGGAAGGGGUGGUGCACUCUGGGACAAAAAACAAGUUCUCCAUGCCAGUGGUGUUGUCCUUCUGGGGCAAAGAAGAGAACAAAAAUGGGGUGACUCAGUGUUUGGCACGCCACGGGUAUAAACUCAAUACAGGUGCAAGUCAGAAGGCAUACAGCUCAGGUGUUGGGAUGGCGUCUACUAAAAAAGGUGUGACUGUCCCGCUAACAGCAGAGGAGCUGAAGAACGCCUUCGACAACCUCUUUGAAGGCCUGCUGGAAACUAAAGAUGGUGAAAAAGAAGCAGCUGAAAACAUACCCCACGGACUCUCAAUUGAUCCGGAAGCUUCCCCCUUUUAUCCGCAGUCUGUGGCCACGCCCCUAAUGUCCCACCAGAGGCAGGCGCUGUCCUGGAUGUGCGCGCGCGAGAACAAGUGCACUCUCCCGCCUUUCUGGGAGAAGAGAGGCGAGCUGUACUACAACACCCUGACGUGUUUCUCCGCCAAGGAAAUACCAGAGCGGGUCCUCGGCGGGAUACUGGCGGAUGACAUGGGACUGGGCAAAACGCUGACAACCAUCGCUCUGAUUCUCUCCAACCACCGCCAAGGAAAGCCACUUCCUGUGUACAAGCGUGAGGAGCGCUCGUGGCAAAGAAAAGCUGACUCGGCCGGAUCCAGCGUCACCGCCGCUCACUGUCUGCGCUCAAACAGGGCCCAGAUGGAGGAGCUGUGUGUCCCCAUGUCCACUGUAAUGGACACAGCCAAGGUGUCAGAGAAAGGCAAGAGAAGCACCAAAACCGGCAAGCGAAAGCUGGAGGCCCCGAUGCUGCUGGAGGAUGCGGACUUUGCCUCGGCCUUGUGCGGGGACCUGUCAUCUGCCUCUCUGUCCAGCAAGAAGAAGAAAAAGAAGAAGGCCGGUGCCAGUCAGGCUGCUGAUUCCUACGUCACGGACACCCCCAGCGAGUCCGUAUCAGCGUCGGCGACUCUGAUCGUGUGUCCACUGUCAGUGCUCAGCAACUGGGUGGAUCAGUUUGAGGAACACGUGCGAGCCGACGUGAGGCUGAAAGUCUACAUGUACCACGGACAGGACCGCAACAGGAGCACCAAGUUCCUCUCCUCUCAGGACGUGGUGCUCACCACCUACAAUAUCCUCGCCGCCGACUUCACGGGGAAGAACAAGAGCCCCCUGCAUGACAUCAAGUGGUUGCGGGUGGUGCUGGACGAAGGACACGUCGUGAGAAACCCCAACGCGCAGAUGAGCAAGGCAGUGCUCGACCUCAAAGCUGAGCGCCGCUGGAUUCUGUCUGCUGUACUUUGCCGAGUAUUCUUUGACUUGCUAGACAGACAGCCACAUUCUGGAUCUUUCCACCUUGGCGGAGGCACGCCUAUCCAGAACAGCGUGAAGGACCUGUGGAUGCUGCUGGCCUUCCUGCGCCUCAAGCCCUUCGACGUGAGGGAGUGGUGGAACCGAGUCAUCCAAAGACCCGUGACCCACGGAGACAGGACUGGCAUACAGAACCUUCAGACCCUGGUGAAGUGCAUCACGCUGCGACGCACCAAGUGCAGCGAGGUGAACGGGCGCCCCCUGGUGACGCUGCCCGAGAAGUGCGUGUGCGUGGAGCAGGUGGAGCUGAGCGCCGCCGAGCGGGAGGAGUACGAGCUGGCGCGCAACGAGGGACGACACACCAUUAGCAGAUACGUGGCCGAAGGGACGGUGUUGAGGAAUUACGCUGACGUCCUGGCCAUCCUGAUGAGGCUCCGACAGCACUGCUGCCACCCUGACCUGCUGGCACACACCUCCACCGAUUCAGACGUUGCAACCACGCCUGCCGAACUGCGAGAGCGCCUGAUUGCCAAGCUUCGUGUGGUUCUGGCCAGCGGCUCGGACGAGGAGUGCUCCGUGUGUCUGGACUCGGUGCGCCUGCCCGUCAUCACGCACUGCGCCCACGUCUACUGCCGGCCCUGCAUCGCCCAGGUCAUCGGGACGGAGCAGGAGAGCGCUCGCUGUCCUCUGUGUCGGAGCGACAUCAAGAUCAGCGAGCUGGUGGAGUUCCCGCAGGAGGAGGCGGGGGAGGAGAGCAGCGGGAGUCCCGGGAAGUGGAGGAGCAGCUCAAAGGUACACGCACUGAUGGCAAACAUGCUCAGGCUGCAGAGAGAAGACAGCAGCAUCAAGUGUCUGGUCGUCUCGCAGUUCACUCGCUUCCUCAGCAUCCUGGAGACGCCGCUCAGGGAGCACGGCUUCCGCUUUGUGCGUCUGGACGGCACCAUGAGCCAGAAGAAACGUACUCAGGUGAUUCAGGACUUCCAGAGUGUCUCAGCCAGCAGCCCCACCGUCAUGCUGCUGUCACUCAAAGCUGGAGGGGUGGGGCUUAACCUGACCGCCGCCUCACACGUCUUCAUCAUGGACCCAGCGUGGAACCCAGCCACUGAGGAGCAGUGCAUCGACCGCUGCCACCGUCUGGGCCAGAAGAGGAAAGUCUUUGUCACCAAAUUUAUCGUGAAGGACUCUGUGGAAGAAAACAUGGUGAAGAUUCAGAAGCAGAAGCAGGAUUUAGUGGAGUCGGCGUUGGGCUCCACCGGCCCCGGCAGGAAGACGUCCCGCAUCAACGACAUCAAGGCGCUGAUGGAGUUGUAGUCUUCGGGUUUUUUGUUUUUAAUUUUUACAACUUGUUGGCAUUCCGAAUGUCGUAGUUUGGAUGUUGUUGCGUUUGUGUUUAGGGUAGAUUCUCCACACAGAUGCUAAAAAAUAUCGUUUGUUACUCAUUUUGGUUGUCCCGCAUUCCAUCGAUAGUCCGCUCUGUGUGGUAUACAUUCCUGCUUUAUAAAACAACCAUUUGGAAGAAACAAAAACACCAAAGCUCUGAUUUCAUUUCUUUUGGACUAUUUGGAAUGUUCCAAAAAAAUUCAAUGUCAGCAUUUUCAUCUUCUUUUAGAAUACAAACAUUGCAAAAAG